AUGUCCAGUGUCAUCGGCAGCAAGGCCCUCGAAGGGGAGAAGGAGCUGGUGGAAGCACACCAUGAAUUCACGGUCGAUAAUCAGACAGCUGUGAUUGCAGAAGGGAUGAUGAUCAUGAUCUUCAAACCGAACGUAAAGACGGCUAUCUGGUACGGGAAAGAAACUGGUCCUAAAGGAAUCCCUGUUUCGGAAGGUUACAAAGUCGUAACUUACAACGCGUCUGCGCAGUUCAAGCGUUGA